AUUAAGAUGGGAAGAAUUCCGUGCUGCGAGAAAGACAACGUGAAAAGGGGACAAUGGACACCUGAAGAAGACAACAAACUCUCUGCAUACAUUGCGCAGCAUGGUACUCGCAAUUGGCGCCUCAUCCCUAAAAAUGCUGGUCUGCAGAGAUGUGGUAAGAGUUGUCGUUUGAGAUGGACAAACUAUCUCCGUCCCGAUCUCAAACACGGUGAAUUCUCUGAAUCCGAAGAGCAAACCAUUGUGAAGCUUCAUUCUGUUGUUGGAAACAGGUGGUCACUCAUUGCAGCACAACUGCCUGGCCGGACUGACAAUGAUAUAAAGAAUCACUGGAACACUAAGUUGAAGAAGAAGCUGUCCGGAAUGGGAAUUGAUCCGGUUACACACAAACCAUUCUCCCAUCUAAUGGCUGAGAUUGCAACCACAUUAGCCCCACCGCAGGUAGCUCACUUGACUGAAGCUGCUCUCGGAUGCUUUAAAGACGAGAUGCUUCACCUUCUCUCGAAGAAACGCGUCGAUUUCCAGUUCCAACAUUCAGGAAUUUCUCCACCUAGAUACGACUCAAACCCUGCAUCGACAGCUUACACCAACAUUGCGGGGAAACCGGAUGACAGAAUCGACGAAACUAUACAGAAAAUAAAGAUGAGUGUUUCAAGAGCAAUGCAGCAAGAACACGAGAAACCUUUAAGUCGACCUUGGCCAAUGAUAACGUCCACUGAAGAGACAUCUGAUGAUGGAUUUAUGGAUGGUUUCCUCGGUUCCGCAUCUGGAUUUCAGUAUGGUCCUUCAUCAUAUGGGAAUGAAGGGGAUAUUAGUUCACCAUGGAACCAGAGUAUUUGCACGGGAAGCAAUUGCACCGGUGGAGAUCAACAAAAUGGGCUUCAUGACAAAGGUAAAGACAGGGAUGUCGGGGAACAUACCGACAUCGGUGCAAAUACCAUCGGAUUGAAGUCAAGCGAAUUCGGUGCAGAUUGUGUCUUGUGGGACUUAUCAAGUGAUCUGAUAAAUCCUAUUGUGUAAUGCAGUUGAUAUAUGUUAUAGGAAA